CUCUCGACGUGAUAACCGUGCGCUGUCUGCGUGUGUACUCCCACCUUAGGAUUAUCAGCCAUAUAGUGUUUGCAAACGUUGCUUUGAUCUGCAAACUAUGGGCAAUUUGUGUAGAGUACACAAAUCAAAUGCAUUCAGCACAAGCAAUCCCUCAGCGAUAAUCUAAGAUCCUCGGAUGUUCUUUCAUUUGCCAAGUGCAAGGUUGAAAUGAGCCACACUCCGCCGAUUCGUCGUCCUUUACAUAAUCAGGCUUCAGAUGGUCCAGAAACGGGUUUGAAUAGGUUGCCAUAUCGAGAUUUCGCAACUCUGUCAACCCCGGAGGUUUUGAAAGAAGUAAAAGAUGAUCCCAAGCAACCAACACAAACGCGGGCGCCGUCGAAGUCCCGGUUCCCGAUUGUUCUGCAUAGACUUUUGGAACAAGCACCUGUUGAGGACUAUGAAAAUGUAAUAUCGUGGUGCCCUCAUGGCCGUGCUUUCAUAAUCCAUCAACGCGAUCGGUUCACAAAGGAUAUAAUGCCAACAUACUUUCGUCAUCAGUCGCAAUUUGCUUCAUUUCAGCGUCAGUUAAACCUCUAUGGUUUUCUUCGGCUAACCCGCAAAGGACCGGAUCGGGGUUCCUACUACCAUGAACUCUUUCUUCGAGGUCGUCCAUCGCUUUGUCAUCAUAUUCACCGGCUAAGAAUAAAUGGAAACGAGGUGCGUCAAAGCACAAUCCCAGAAAUGGAGCCGGAUUUUGCAGCACUGCCCCCUGUUAAUCAGCCCAUAAUCGAUUCGUUUGCUACCGUAGCAAAUGCUGCGAGGAGAAGUUUGGCAAGGUCAGACUCAGAAUCGGAGAAUGAGCCGACGGCCAACAUUAUUUCAGGAAAUGAGGAUUCUGCUUCGUUGGUCCGCGACAUACCUUCGCUUCUCAUCCGUAGCGGAGCUCUGCCAGUUGCUCAAAAUACGGGACCCCGGGAGCGGUCGGUAGAAGAGAAAACAACUGAAGAGAUCUACUACGAGCUGUUUCCUGAGGAUCGACAACGACUUCGGAAUCGACUGCCGAUUAUGUCGGUACCCGAGGUAGCGGGAUCGUCUGUAGCCGCUCGUUUGCCUUCAUCACAAGGUGACACAAAGCCUUCACCCUCCAAGCGACCGCGUCGGAACAGCAAUCUUUCUACUCCAAAACCAGGGACAAGUAGCAUUGGCAGCACGCCAGAUGACGUGAAAAGCGGAAGUAAGGAUGAAUCUCCACCUUCUGUUGAUCUUGAAAUGGCCCCGAGGGAAACAGCUGACAUGGCGUUAUUCCUGGACGAUGUUGACCUUGAUUAG